AGAGUUGCUGAGGUCAUAUUCGAAUCAUUGAUAUGAUUAGCAUAUACCCCACACUGAAGCUCCUCAUGAAGCUCCAAUCCUUUCAAGUGGUUAUGGUUGAGAAAAUGGGACUUCCUGAUGGAUUGGAUUCUGGUACAUCUAAAGGUUAUGGUGAUGUUCUACGUUGUUGUCGGACGUGGAGUAAGAUUGAAAGACGGAUUGCCACUCUUGAGUUUGACCGUGAUAGGAAAUCGAUGGGAGUUAUAGUGAGUUCCAGCUCAAGAAGAAAGUCAUUGCUUGUAAAGGCCCUACUCCAUAUUCUGUCCAGAUUUGACACACUUUUAGGAAAAUGAGCUUUUGCAUCAAAGUAAAGGGAGCAUUUAAUGCCAGAAAUCAAACCUUUUGCAUCAAAGAAAAGAGCUUCGAGUCACUUCUUGGGACUCCAUA